CUCCCCUUUCAGGGAAGGAUAAAGAGAGUCAGUGCACAUGCUCAGAGAUGCUCACUAGCAGUUUGCAGCAGCCAUUCAAAGAGACCAUCACAAAGGCAAGUGAGACAGCAGUGAAGGAGGAAGACGCCACUAGCGAAAUGCUGAAGCCUUGCACAAGCAAAGUGAUCGUUUUAGUGCCUUUAAUGCUUGCAGUUGGGCUUAUGUCUACAAAGCCAGCUACAGCCGAAGAAGAAUCAGGAACAACAAUCCCUGCUGAAAGUCGCCCAUGUGUUGACUGCCAUGCGUUUGAAUUUAUGCAGAGGGCUCUGCAAGAUUUAAAGAAAACGGCAUACAACUUAGACUCACGGACGGAGACCUUGCUUUUUAAAGUGGAGAAGAGAACUCUGUGUGACUGUUUAACUGCAAAUGCACUGAACUGAAACACUGGAGAACCCACCUAACAGCCGCUGGUUCGUCAACAGCUUUUAAAAUGCUGCUGUUAAUGCAGACAGAUUUAGGAAAUAAAUAAAUACUGCGAACAUGUAAGCUUCAGGGCACUUACGCAACUAGUUGGAGGAUUUGGGUGUGAUAUUGAUGUGUCUCUCCUGUCUGAAUGCUUGUGUAAUUCUUUGUUUUCACCUGUGUCGAUGUCAUCAUGAGCUCUAAGAUAUUUUCCAAAGAAAGGGAAAAGCUGGAAGGGGCACAAGUUCUAAUUUAUUGCAAAAAUAUUAAAAUCUUAUUUGGGGUUUUU